GUCUAUGACGUGUUCAUAACCUAGAAAACGGUCGGAUGUAACGUCAGCAAGUGAUAAUCGGAGGCUUAGGCAGUCGUUUUCUCCUCAUUUCUGACUGAGUUCGGAUUUGUCAAAAAUGCGGCAGCUCAAGGGAGGUAAACAGAAGGAAUCUUCCCGAGAGAAAAAGCAGAGGAAAAAGGAGUUCGCUGAAGUACAAAAACAAGUAAAAACGAUAGUGCUCCCAGCCCUCGCCGUGUCGUUUAUUUUGAUAGUGGUGUACGUUUAUUUAAAGACCCGUCCCAGCAACUACAAUAUGGAUUAAACUUUGUUUUUCUACUCAGAUAUUAUAUUUUUAUUAAUAAAAACCUGUUUAAAAAUGUA